AUGUACCUGCCAUCAACGUCGUACACAGGACCUUCAACUACAAUUAACAGCGGCGCAGGGACAUCUACUAUGGGGAGCUCUGAGCGCAUGGAAGACGCGUUCCACCAGCCAGCCAACACUCAUGCCACAAACAAUGCCAAGUCAGUGUCGGAAAUGGCAAUCGUGCCAGCAAUACCGACAAGCACACAUGUGCACACCAGCACAAGCAACACUCAAGCAGGUGAAACAGCCGCCGAUACUGAAGUGAAUGAUGAAACCGAUGACGAAACACAAGGGGAUGAAGAUGGUGGGCAAUCAGAAAUCAUGGUACCCCAGCCACCGUAUCUUGGGCAGAGAUUUGAUUCAUUUGCAGAUGCAAAGGAAUUCUACCAGACAUAUGCAAAGUUCCAUGGGUUUGCGGUCAACACCGAAUACCAUAGGAAAAUUAAAAAAACUAACAAGUACAGCAGAGAUGGAGCACAGUGGGUGGUCACUGAAUAUUUUGACGAGCACAACCACGAGCUAAUAAAGAAGUUUGACCUGGUAAAAUUUCUGACCGCCCACAGAGGAUUCACCCCCCUCGAGAAGAAAUUCAUAAAGUUGCUACUUGAUUGUAACGUCGGUCCAUCAAGAAUGGUGCAGAUACUCUCCCUCAUCCACAGCAAAAACGGGUCUCUGAGUAGCAUGCCCUACCUACCAGCAGACGUCACAAACCUAAAGGCAAAGUACCGUAGAGAAAGCAAGUUGGCUGACAUAGAAGCCAUGAUAGCCUACUUCGAUGAGAAAGCGAAAGAAGAUAAAGAUUUCUUCUACAGGAUAAGAUUGGACGAUGAGGACCGUGUCAGGAACAUGUAUUGGGUGGAUGGUGCUGCAAGAAGAGCCUACAAACAUUUCCGAGACUGCAUUUCUUUCGACGCGACAUAUCUCACUAAUAUGUACAAGAUGCCAUGCGCUCCAUUCAUAGUAAUAAAUAACCACAAUCAGUCAUUGCAGUUCGGAUGCGGGCUCGUUCGGAACGAAGACACGGAUGGGUAUGUUUGGCUGUUCAAGACCUUCUUGGAGUGCAUGGGUGGACUUGCUCCGAUGAACAUAAUAACAUACCAGGAUUUUAGCAUGCGUGUAGGCAUAAAGGAGGUCUUUCCGUUGGCAGUGCACAGGCACUGCAGGUGGCACAUUAUAAAGAAGGCUGAGGAGACACUAGGACCAUUCUUUGCUGACCGUCCAGACCUGCACAAGGCAUUCGAGCUGUGCAUGGACCACAGCUUGACGGUGGAGGAGUUUGAAAGGAGCUGGAUGGCUAUGAUUGAAACAUAUCGAGUCCAAGACCACGAGACGCUAGCUAGCUUGUGGGAGAAGCGAAUGUACUGGGUGCCGGCCUACUUCAUGCAGUGCUUCUUCCCGUUUCUGCAGACUACACAGCACAGUGAGGGGUUCAAUGCUGUUUUGAAGCGGUACGUGAGCCCUGGCAACUCAUUACUACAGUUUGCCAAGCAGUACACCGCUUUGCAACAAAAAAUACUGGGAUCCAAGCUACAGCAAGAAGCAAACACCGCGCUCAAGCAGCCAAAAUUGCUAACGUAUUUACCAAUGGAGAGGCAGAUGAGCAAGAUAUACACCAACACAAUUUUUAACAAGUAA